UAAGGGGAAAUCAUGUGUGUUUGCAUGUGUUUUGAGAACCUUUGACUUGUUUUCGUGCCAUGUGAUGUGACCCUGCAGGCAGCAAGUGUGCACAGAUGCUGCAAAGGAAGAGAGUGUGACACAGGCCUGCAUCACUGAAGUGGGUGGGAGCAGGUGGGGGGAGAAAAAAGGAGGCAGUUAUAAGAAAGUUCUGCCAGGGGUAUGUUUUCUUAUGUGAGUGCUGACGGAUCGAACUGCAAAGCGUGUUCUGGUGCAUACGGAAAGACUCUUGGCACUACUUCACAGACAGGCGAAGAAGAUGACGAUGAAGACAGUCCUGAUCCUGCUCUGCGUGAUUUUAACAUGUGGAGCUCAGAAGUGGAAACAGGAAACAUCACGUUUGGACCCUAAAGCACCUAACACUAAUGGCAAGACUUGUUCCAACCUGACCCAAGUCCUGGACAACUGGAAAUUUGCUAUUAUAACUCAAGUGAAAGAUUUGCUGAUCAAUGACCAUGCGUCUGUGCUGCCUGAAUACAACAGGAUCCAGCCCCUCUCGAAUGCUCUGGGGGACCUCUACAAGCAGUUUAACACGCUAAAAGACGAGCUGACCACACUCUCUUCAAAGUUUGACAAUGUGGAGGCUUUUGUGGACGACUUAAAGAGCGGCAGAUUCUCUUUGCCCAAGCGGCCAAUGCAGAGACUUCCCCCAAGCAUUGGACUCAGGUCUCCACUCCGAGCACAGAUGAGGGCUCCUGUGAGGGGGAUUAUCAGAGGGACAACACCGGUCAGAGCGAGGAGGAGAGGGCCACAGAUACCUUAGACCUCUUGUCCAGAGAUGUUUUAUCUUGUAUCUAUACUGAUGUAUCAAAAAGAAGAAAUGUUUGUAUAUUUUACAGAAAGUUCUGCUUAACAUUAUUUAUACUAGUCACGCAUGGUGUUUAUAUAUAACAACUUUUUAAAUCUUCAAAUUAUGAAUUUAUUGGUUUCUUUUUAUACCCUGUUAAUUCUAACCACAAGGUGGCAGCAUUUAUCAAAUUAACUGAAUUGUCUUCUACUGUCGUAUUACAGCAAGACAUAAGAAACUUAAGAGCUGGUCUAGAGUUGUGUGAUAAUACACUAUAUAGUUUUUUUUAUCGGAAUGUAUGUCCAUUUUAUGAAGAGCUUUCCCAACUUAUUAUUUCACAGAGAUUCUUGUGCAACUUCCAUUAAAGCUACUGUGAGAUUGA